GGCAACACUGUUUAUUUGACAGCUUUUUCGCGUUUGGUAAAAAUUUCGCGUUUUCUUCUGUUUCUCUGUAAAAAUCUGAAUUUUAUCCUUAAAAAUAGUGUUCUUUUUACAAACCCUUCUUGAUUCGCCUACGAGAUGGAUUUCCAAAAUCGCGCCGGUGGCAAAACCGGUGGCGGAGGCCAAGCUUCCUGGUCGGAAAGCAAUCGUGACCGGCGGGAGCGUCUCCGGCAGCUCGCGCUGGAAACCAUCGACCUGAACAAGGAUCCCUAUUUCAUGAAGAAUCAUUUGGGAUCGUACGAGUGUAAAUUGUGUUUGACGCUGCAUAAUAAUGAAGGAAGCUAUCUGGCACAUACCCAGGGCAAGAAGCAUCAGGGGAAUUUGGCCCGUCGUGCGGCCAAGGAAGCUAAGGAAGCCCCGUCGAGCAUGCAGCCAGAGAAACCCCGAAUCGAACCGAAAAAGUUUGUGAAAAUUGGUCGUCCCGGCUAUCGAGUAACGAAACAACGCGAUUCCGAUAAUGGCCAGCAGUCGUUGCUGUUCCAGAUUGAUUAUCCGGAGAUAACCGACGGCAUAAUUCCCCGACACCGUUUCAUGUCCGCUUACGAGCAGAAAAUCGAACCCCCAGACCGCAAGUGGCAGUACCUAUUGUUUGCGGCGGAACCUUACGAGACAAUCGCAUUCAAAGUGCCCUCGCGGGAAGUGGAGAAGACCGAAGGCAAGUUUUGGACCCACUGGAACAAGGAUACCAAACAGUUCUUCCUGCAGUUUUCGUUCAAGCUGGAACCGAAGAUAAUUCCACCACCGCCGCCCAAUAUGCGCGUGCCGCAUCCAGGAAGGCCAAUGUUCAAUCCGGUUCCGCCGCCACCAAUGGGAAUGGUACCGGUUCCCCCUCAUAUGUAAGUAAUCAAUCAAUGCAUUCAUUUUGAAUAUAUGUGUAUUCGGUACAUGUAAAAA